AUGCAAAAAAGAUGGACACAUAUCAUUAGGGAUCUCCCAGAAGAUUUGUCAAUGGAAAUCCUAUCAAGGCUUCCCGUCAAAUCAUUGAUGCGCUGCAAAUGCAUAAGCAAAUCCUGGUAUGCUCUUAUCACUAACCCUAGUUUCAUCACCAUGCACCUCACUUCUCACAAUCCCAACAGAAGGGCGGCUAUUCUUAGGCGUGGGGGUGGAUUGGAACACCUACGUCUCUCCACGCUCUCUAACGAAACCCUAGAGGUGUCUGGGAAUGUUGAUCUCUCACAAUUGUUUCUGGAUGAGGUUUCUAAGGUAUCAAUAUUCGGCCCCUGCAAUGGCAUACUUUGUUUUUCUGGUACUCUGUGGAAGAAUAGAGAUGGGCACUGUGAUUAUGGUCGUUUGGUGUUAUGGAAUCCUGCGACAAGAGAAUCGAAGUUGCUCCCCCCAUUCCCCCGGCAAUCGGAUUUAUACUUUUUUUCUAAUCUUGGCUUCGGUUUUGAUCCAAAGACUAACGAUUACAAGGUGGUUAGGAUUAUGAACUUCCGUUUCCGGCACUGCAAAGUUCAGGUAUACCACCUUAGUACUAAUUCUUGGAGGGUGCUUGAUUCAUCCCCUAACCCAUCUUAUUUUAUUCAUUUACCUCGUUUUCCCUCGUACCUAAAUGGAGUUUAUUAUUGGUGGGCUCGGGUUCGUGAAGAUGGUUACAUGGGCCGCCAACUCUUGCUUUCCUUUGAUAUGAGCAACGAGGUGUUCCAAGAGGUACUGCCUCCCCCAUCUGAAGGAAGUUGUAGUGAGGAUAUUGCUGUUAUCAAUGACUCUGUAACUAUGAUUUUACCAUGUAACAGUGAGUUGAAAGAAUGUAUUGAGAUAUGGGUGUUGAAUGAGUGUGGUGUUGAAAGGACUUGGACCAAAAUAUUAACAAUCCGACAAAUUCCAGUUUUUUGGAAUCUGCUACAGCUUCGGGAGGAUGGUUUGGUAGUUCUAACCGAUGAAGAUCAAUGUUUGGUAUUGUAUGACCCGAGAACACAAGAAGCGAGGAAUCUUCAAAUAUAUGAGGCUAGAUUCGCUCAACUUGUUAGUUACACAGAGUCCCUAGUUCGCCUAAAUGGAUAGGGGAAUGUGCUUGAGCAACAAGCCAAGUCAUAACAAGAUUCUGGACCAAUUCAAUUUCAUAUGUGCAUUACCUGCAAAAUCACAUAUUUGUUACAUUGCUUUUGGAUUCCAAGUUUCUGGAAUUAUGAGGGGUUUUUCUGUUACAUUUUAUAUGCUUCUAGCCUUUUCUGCAUAUUUAUUUAAUAAUGUUGGCUAUCUUUUGAGUGCUUCGACACAAACAUUAGCGAAUAUGAAUGAUGUAAAAGUCUUUUGAGUGUUUUGACCUUUUAAGCGUAUAAUUUCCUCUUGCUUUUUAUUGUUGCAACUUUUGCUUGGUAAUUCCCCCUCAUGUUAUUCGUUUGAAGGUUGAACAAUUAUUUAUCAAUUUCGAUAGUUGUAAUAAGAUUUUGUCUAUAUGGUUCCUGUAAGAGUUUGAGGAUAUUCACCGUUUUAGAUAUUCCAAGGUAUUUGAAGGGGGUUAGCCAAAAUCUACAGAUGAGAAUUGAAUUAAACUGUGAACAGAGUAGGGUUUUAAGAAAGAUUUUGUUUUUUCCUUCAAAGAAAUAAAACUUCUUUACUACCUUUAGAUGGUUGAGUGAAUGGAGGAAGAUGAAAGAAAAACACAGAAUUUGCAUUUUCUUUUCUCUUUAAGAGUAUCCCUUGUGACUUCAAUUUGUUAUCCCUUUUUUCUUUGAACUCUUUGUUACAUAAAAUGAUUCAUUUUCAUCCUUAGUUUGGUUGCUGGGACAAUGGAGAGUGAAAAUAGUGUUGAAAAUUGGGUCUUGGGUUUUCUGUUGAUUUUGAUGGUGUAAUUGUAAAAUUCAACCCCAACUAAGCUUACGAGUGGAAUUCUUUGUUUUUUAUCUGCCAAAUGGGUAAUAGUAUAAUAUCAGAAAUUUUCUACCAUUUCUUGGACUCUUUCAAUUUCCUUUCCUCCUGUUUUUUCUUAUGACAAAAUAUUCAAAGGGACUCCUUCAAUUGCUGAGAGAGUAAAUUGCUUAUUAGAAAAUAUUCAAGGGACUCUUUAUUAUGUUUCUGUUCCAUUUUAUAGGGACCCUAAACCCUCAAUAUUAUGUUGGAAUUGCUGAAACUGCUCUUCAUUUUUCCUUUUUGGCCAACCAGACGAAUUAUUAUGUGGGUGCCUUGCAACAUUCUUGAUGCUCGAUCCAGGUGAAUAUAAAAGUGUUGUGUGUGUCUAAACCCUUUCGUAAUUUAGAUUGCAGAUUAGGUGUUUGGGAUUGCCCAAGUGAAUUCCAUCAAUUUACCAUUGAUCCCAAAACUUGGUUUUAUGAUCAUGGUACGUUUCAUAUGAAAUGUCAUAUUGCUAUGACAUGCUUAUGACUUUUUUAUGAUGUUGCCAUUCUUCCGGGUAUGAUGUUGCCAGAUUCAAAUGUAAGGCAAUGCUAGUUGCUACCAACAAGUGCUAGAUUAUAUUGGUAUCGGUUUGUAUGUAUUGCUCUGGCAGCUGAUUUGCUUGUUGGGAGCAUAACAGAUCAUUUAUGAUUGGGCUGCAGAAAUUUGGCAAGGGUGAUUUGAGGGCCAACAAGGAAUUUGAAACCCCCAAGGGGUUGGGCUCAAGCAGUAAGGGUCUUGGUGACAUUCCAAUUAGGUCUAAGGUUCAAAUCUCCUCAGGUGCAAGCAAUUUUUUGGGGCCAGUCCACUGGCGAAAUGUAAGUAUUAUUCGAUUCUUGUAGAGGGAACGCUUUGCACGAGUCCGAUGUUUACCCGAUAAAAGUGGGUACACGAAGUGAUUCUACCUUAGAGGGAUUUCUUAUCAAAGAAAACAAUGAGAGAUUAGCCAUGCCUAUAAAUACUUUUUUUGCCAAAGCCGGUAAAGAGAGGAAGAGAUUGAGCAUCCAUGACGUCUGCCACAACGCAUAACAGCUCGGUGACUUUGCCUAUUGAUCAGAAUUGGAUUCAUCCACCAAGUGAAGGAGUUCAGCAGCCUGCAACACCUGCUUUGCUAAAGAUGACAAUACAGGAGCAUUUGCCCGAUUGAUCGGCCUCAUUUGGAUAUCAAAAAUUUGGCUUUCAAUUGUAAAGAUGCAUAGUUGCUACAUGCUCUAUGACAAGCAGUAAUUCAUUGAAUAGUUGGCUGAGAUUGCGGCCUCAACG